AUGUCGGCAAAACUCAAAGCAGGAAUAUUAGGAGCUACUGGCACAGUAGGACAACGCUUCGUCAUUCUUUUAUCCAAUCAUCCACAAUUUAUCGUACACGCUAUCGGUGCCUCACCUCGUUCUGCAGGUAAAAGAUACUUUGACACGACAAAAUGGAAAAUGACUAUUCCGAUACCAGAAAAUGUCGAAAAUAUGUUGGUAUCUCAGUGUAAACCUGAAUACUUUAAAGAAUGUGAUGUCGUUUUUUCUGGGCUUGAUGCUGAUGUAGCUGGAGAUAUUGAAAUGGAAUUUUUAAAAGCAGAUCUUGCAGUUUUUUCAAAUGCAAAGAAUUAUCGACGCGAUCCAUCUGUACCACUUAUUGUACCAACAGUAAAUGCAGCCCAUUUUAGUAUUAUCCCAUAUCAAAGAAAGCUUCGUUCCUUAAAGAAAGGAUUCUUAGUUACAAAUGCCAAUUGUUCCACUACUGGUCUCGUAGUCGCAUUAAAGCCUCUUAUAGACACUUUUGGUCCAUUAGAAUCGGUGAUUGUCCACACAAUGCAAGCGAUUUCAGGUGCAGGAUACCCAGGGGUUUCAUCUCUCGAUAUUUUUGAUAAUAUUGUCCCCUUUAUUUCGGGUGAAGAGGAGAAAAUGGAAUGGGAAACAUUAAAAAUUCUCGGAGAGAUUAAUGCAGAUGGAACUGCAUUUGAUUUAUUACCAGAAACCCGAGUAUCCGCCACUUGCAAUCGUGUUCCGGUGAUCGAUGGGCAUUUGGAAUGUGUUUCUAUCAAAUUCAAGAAUCAACCUCCUCCUUCACCGGAACAAGUGACACAUGCUCUGGAAAAUUAUGAAUCAAUAGCAAACCAGAUCGGAUGCUACUCGGCCCCGCCAAAAUCAAUUAUCGUUAAUCCUGAAAAGGAUCGACCACAACCGAGAUUAGACAGGGAUAACGGUAAUGGGUAUAGCGUGACUGUUGGACGUGUAAGAACUUGUAAUGUAUUGGAUAUAAAGUUUACAUUGUUGGUUCAUAAUACUGUCUUGGGUGCAGCUGGAAGUGGAAUACUAAACGCAGAGAUUGCUCUUGCUCGAGGUUUAAUAAAACAAAUUGGUUUAUAG